GGUGGGCAUCAGCAGCGUAGAAGGCGCUUGCAGCGUCUUUGUCAGCCACUGCGGGCCCUAUUCGCGGCCACCAGGGCGGAUGAACAGGAUGCAGAGGCCCGAAGCCAGCACUGGUGGUCUUCCAGGGGAACGCGUGCGCAGCAGCGUGACCGGGCCGCCACGGCAGCCGAGGAGCCACCGAAGACUGUCCGGGCACAAAAUCCGCGGAUGCGACGGGAAGAGCGACUGCGGAAGAAGCAGAAACUGCAAGAGCGCCAGGACGAGUCUGUGAUGGAGUGGGAUGCAUUCCUGAAGAGAACCAAGAAUGGCAAAGAUAAAGACACCUUCGGGCAACAGAAGCGGACGAGACCGGCGC